AUGAACCCACCCAUUUCACCGCAACUCGACUUUUCCGGAGACGAAAGCUUCCCUACUUUAAGCAGAGGAGACCCACUACACGGGCCUGACAAGGUCUUCUUAAACUUUCCACUAGAUCCAGAAGUUCGAAAAUUUAUAUACAUCGACAAGAGUUUAUCACAGAUCCCUUUGGAUGCCGGCAUUCGACAAUUCAUAUAUAGUGGACCUUCAAACCGCCUGGUAUACCUCGCACAAACUAUAAAGAACAACAACCAGAUAUCUACCUUCCCAAAUCACCCAGGAGAGAAUUCCACGUACAAUUUGCAAUUCAGAGGACCUCAAUUCAAAUGCACCACGUCAGAGUACAACAUCACUCUUUCGGCUGAAUACGAUCCGAAGGAAUUUGUGGUACCCAUGUGGGUAUCGUCAUGGGACGAUCAAAAGCUUAUCCAUUCAUUGACACAAUAUGACAUCAAAACGUUUAAUGCCCACUGUAGGUCCAAUAAUAGCCUAGUCUGGAACGCAUAUGCUGUGGCGAAUGAGCAGGUCUGCGAAUCUGUCUCCGUACUCUACAACGUCAGCGUCACGUUUCCCAGAGGCGUCCAGACAGUAGACUAUUCCAUCAGCGAUGCAAGAACUCUUCCGCGAAGAGUCGACAUAUACGAUACAAUCGACAUUUCGGGCGCCUACGAUGAUCCGAAUCUUAAUCCGGGCAAAUUGUAUGGAAUACAACUUAGGCUUCCAUCGAUACCAGAAGCACUUGAAGAAUGGCACCAGAAAGUAUCAGAAGCUAUCCCUAUUUCUAAUGAGUGGGCUAUUCUAGACUCAUUGAUGCCCUUUCUUGAUAAGGAAUAUUUCCAUUCGCAGUAUCUGCCCUCAGAUGCGUUAUCUGUUACACGGGGUCAGGCUAUACUUCUCUAG